AAAACAUCCAACCUGGACAUAUUUUCUUGUUUGUAUUUGGUAAUGAUAAACCUAGGUUCGUGAAAGAAUCAAUUGGGUUAAAUUUUAACAAGCAGUUUUCUUUCUCGCACGGUAGUACUUUUGCAUUUGUACAUGAAACCAAGGAAGCGGAUCUUCUGCAGCUCUGGAAGUCCUGACUGAAACAAGAGCCUACAAGCACCAUGGCACUUUCAUGGAUCACAGCCAUUGCCUUAUUUGCACUUUCCUCCAUUUGCUGCAUAGUUUCUCAUCCCAACCGAGAAAUGUGGUUUCAAGAUCUUUUCCCACUUAAGGUGUGCCCUGCCAAUGCCAGCGAGAAAACUUUCUAUGGCAUCAUGUUUGAUGCAGGAAGUACAGGAACACGAAUUCACAUUUACACCUUUAAACAGAAAAGCUCAGAAAAGUCUGCAGAGUUAGAAGGGGAAAUCUUUGAAUCAAUAAAGCCAGGUCUCUCUGCAUAUGCUGAUCAGCCUGAGAAGGGAGCUGAAAGUGUCAGACUGUUGUUAGACAUGGCCAAAGAAGCUGUUCCACCCAGUUACUGGAAGAAGACUCCAGUAGUCUUGAAAGCCACAGCUGGCCUGAGGCUGUUAGCGGAGCACAAAGCCCAGGCUCUUCUCUCAAAGAUCAGGGAAGUCUUUGAGGAAUCUCCUUUUUUAGUUCCCGAUGAUAGCGUUAGUGUCAUGGAUGGCACUUAUGAAGGUAUUUUAGCCUGGAUCACUGUGAACUUUUUAACAGGGCAGCUGUAUGGCCGAAACCAGCAGACAGUGGGGAUCCUAGACCUAGGAGGAGCCUCUACGCAGAUCACGUUUCUGCCACAGCUUGAGGAAACCCUGGAACAAACCCCGAUGGAUUUCUUUACCUCAUUUCAAAUGUUCAACAGCACUUUUAAACUCUACACACACAGCUAUUUGGGAUUUGGGCUGAAAGCUGCACGACUAGCAACAUUGGGAGCCUUGGAUAUGGAAGCGGAUGGACAGAGGUUCCGGAGUUCUUGCUUGCCGAAAGAGCUGGAAGCCGAGUGGCACUUUGGGGGAAUAAAAUAUCAAUAUGGUGGUAACAAAGAAGCAGGAGAAACGGGAUUUGAACCAUGUUAUUCUGAAGUGUUGAAGGUUGUACGAGGCAAGUUGCACCAACCAGAAGAAAUUCAGAAGAGCUCUUUCUACGCCUUUUCUUAUUAUUAUGAUCGGGCAGUGGACACUGACUUAAUAGAAUAUGAAAAAGGCGGAGUUUUACAAGUGAGAGAUUUUGAACAAAAAGCCAAAGAAGUGUGUGACAAUCUGGACAGCUACAGCUCUGCAAGCCCUUUUCUGUGUAUGGAUCUCAGUUAUAUUACAGCAUUAUUAAAAGAAGGUUUUGGAUUCAGAGAUACUACAGUACUACAGCUGGCAAAGAAAGUGAACAACAUAGAAACAAGUUGGGCCUUGGGUGCUACCUUUCACCUCCUUCAGUCCCUAGGACUCUCCCGUUAAGACAUCGCUUAUCAGAUGUUCACUUUUCUUCAAACAAGAAUGGGCAGUUCUAAACUUCUAGCCAAAUACAGACCAAAGUAGAAGAAUCAGAUAACUUUAAAAGUGGUUUUGUUCAGUCCCGAGCUACACUGAAACAUGGAUGUUUUAAGUUAUUUGUGCCUUGAAACUGAUAUUGGAGAAAAAGUUUAAGUACUCUUUGGACAUGUCAUGGACAGAUAUUUAAUACCGAUACAUCACAGCUUGGAGAAGUGAUUUUUGGACUACAGCUCCCAAAUCUAGCUAGCAUGGCCAUUAGUUGGGUCACAAGACAUUAGUCCCCAAAAGUAAUGUUUCUAAACUCUGAUGUAUUGGUAUCAUACAAGUAUAAUGCCCUCAGCAUGAAGCAUUUGAAAUUAUAGUUCCAAAAGGUUAAUUUUUCCAAGCUGUGCAAUAUAUCCCAAUACUGGUCUUGCUUUACAUUUUUUACAGGAUUUCUUGUGCAAAAACCUAGCAGAAUGAGUUGUUUUUAAAGAACAUAACUGAGGUGUGCUAUUUAUUUUACUUUCUUUGAAACUAGGAAGUAAGCUUUUAGGAUUAGGUGGUUCUUAACAUGGAGAAAAGUGCUACAGGAUUUUUGAACUUUAGGCAGGUUCAAGGAUUGAACUGUAGGAAAGAUAAGUAGAAAUGACUUGUCAACUUAUACAGCUCUCUGGUUCAAGUCACAGUGGAGAGAAAACUUUUAAUAAUUUACUAAGAAAUUGUUUUUAUUUGCAAUUCACUUCCAUAAAGUAAACCCUACCCAGGACAAAGAAUCUCUUGGUGCCACAAACCACUAAUUAUUUCAUCCAUAAUUAUAGAAUUUUUCAGCAUAAAAUGUUUAGAUACCCUUGUUAUAAGCAUCCAGCUGAAUAUGAAGCUACUCGAAUUUGUUUCCUCCGUUAUUGCCUCCCCAAAAGUCUACAUUUAACUUGGAGAGCGGUGCAGUUCACUGGAUUCUAUUGAGUUAUAGGUGCUCAGGCAGGGUAUUGCUUCCUAUCAAAAUCUUUAAUAAUCCAUUUUAACAGGACAUCUCUUGAAGCUGCACACAUGUAAAAUGUUCAAUGUCAUUAUGCAAUUAACUAUGGGUUCCAUUUUGACAUUGUUCAAAAUACCAGUGUGGCAUUCGUACCUGCUAAAGAACUUUUGCACCAAGAUGCUAAGACAUGCUGAUAACCAAUACUAGUCCAUAUUUUUGUCUAAGUGCUCUUACUGGAAGCCAAAUGCUAUAUUGGUAGUAUCUACAUAAUACAACACGGCCCUGUGCUUGUUCAACCUGACAUAGUUUAAAGUUCAGUGGGGCUUACCUCCAUGUAAGGGCACAGAGGUUUGCUACCAUUGUUUGGUGCCUUAAAUAAGACAUUACUCUGUUUCACUGUGUUUUAGAUGUAGGUAUUACAAUGAUUCAGGACCCAUUUUUGUGUAUUGGAAUGUGCAAGACAGCUGUUUCUCCUGCUCUAGUUUUCUAGUCCACUGUGAUAGGUAAAAAGGAUGGUAAAUUAGAAGUACGUUCUUUUCUCUCAGAGCAACAUUAUUUUGUUGAAACACAUCGUAACCUGUGUAACCUCAUUUGUAAACUCAGGCACACAUUUCAGGUUUUGAGCACAGUACCAAAGUUCAUCUAAGUCUGGCAAAUUCAGGUUUUGUCUCUUUACGUAGCAUGUACUUCAAUAUGAGUCACCUCUGUUGCUAAUUAAGAGAGCACUUAUUCAAACAAAUUUGAACAAUAGUGCAAAAUCAAACAUGCUUUUCUUCCCUUCUAAUGAACCUAAUGAUUUGUGGAAGUAUUUUUGCUUUGUUAAGUGACCAGGCCUUUAUCAAUGCAAGGAGAUUAUAACCACAUUUAAUGAUCUGCACAUAAUGGCCUUUUUUGAAAAGUGUUUAUUUAUAUGAUUGGUGGAGGAAUUAAUUAAGCAAAACACUUCUAAGCAUUAAUUUUUUCCCUUAAAAAUCAGAAAUUGAAGCAGAUAUUAGGCAUUUAUUACCCUAAAAUAUGGACUUAUUGCUCACACAAAGGCUUGAAAGGACAUUUAUUUUGUUUUAGCUUAGAUCUGUUAAAUAAAAUUAGGCUGUAAGCAAACUGAGCCCCUCCUCUUAUAUAAAUGCCCACAUAUGUAACACUGUGGGGUAAAUCUGGUACUGAUAAAAGUUCAGAAUAUCAUUCCAUUCAUAUGUUGUUCUGAAAUGAGUUAAUUUUAAGAGUAUAGCAUAAAUAUCCUAUACAUAAGCUGUGUUGAUGUUAUUUGGUGCUGUAAUUCAGUUAAAUGGGUACUGCCAGGCCCAGAAUAUGGUACAUGACUAAGACAGGACAAUUUUGAAUGUCUAUUUUAGUUAUUAAAAGAAUAUUUUAACAAUU